AUGUAUACCGAAACUAAAGAUCAGAGGGCCCAAAGGGUCUCCUUGUUGAAUACCUUCGUCAGAUGGAAUAGUAUAUUCCCCGAAUUUGAGAGGGGUUCUACAGCCAUAAGACUGUUCAAUAAAUCUUGCAUAAACAGGAUUAUAAAGACAAAUAAUAAAACAGUCGACGCUGGUAAAAAUGAUUAUGGGGAAAAGGCGAACAAAUGUAUAGAUGAUAUUGGAUUAAUUAAAGAAGCCAUUUUUACAGAUAAUGAGAAUUUGUAUAAUAAUGAUAUUAAUCACGGUAUGAGUGAAAAAAAAAAUUCCCAAUCGAAAAAUGAUUGCCAAAAGGUCAACAAAUAUUUGUCGAAUUUUAACGCGGAUUUCGAGAAAAUCAUGUCAUUUGACCAUAAUAUUUGUUUAAACGAUCCCUUUAAUACCUACAAAACGAAUGAUAAUACAGCUGAUAGGCAUGGACAUGAUAGAUACUUGUUACAUAAUGGAGCCGUUUCACUUGGUGAUAAAGAAAAUUCGCUUUCAUCGAGUAACGUAUCCGUGUGCUCUUUAAAUUCUGGUAGCAAAGACUUAACAGCGAUUAAUUUGAAAGGAGUGAAAAAAGGCAUUGCCACUGCCAUAGUGGCACCUCAGCCAAGUCAGAGCCAAUCAGAAUCACAUAAAGGAGAAUCAAAUUGUAGCAUUUACGAUAAUAUUACUCAAAUCAACGAACGCAAUUUUCAAGUGGUAAGCGAAGGUGAAAGAAAUAUAGGUGAUAAUGAACGUGUUGAUACCCAUAAAGAUGUAAUGACAAAUAAAUUGACUUUAGAAUCGAAAUUUUUAAUAGGAUUUAAUAAUAAUCUGGACAAAACUCCGAAGAAUUUCCCGUAUAAAGAUGUAAUAACAAAUAACUCCGAGGAUAAUAGUGCCCGUGAAAUGACACCAAUAAACAAUGAUUUAAAUCCAGGGCAAGAACUAUAUACAGAAGAAAACAGAGUGUUGAUAUCAACUCAUACAUUGACAGGGUGUGAUGAUAGAUAUGGAUUGUAUGAUAACAAAAUGGCAAGGCCUGAAUUUAUGAAGAACAAUUUGAAUCUAAUCUCUAGUGUAGAUGAAAACAAAUUUUUGGGAGAAAAAAAUCUAUUAAACAUAAAUUUUGAAGCUGAAAUUAAUGAAAAAUUAGCAAAUGAUAAUCAUGAAAAUGAUCAAAUCAAUGAUAAUACCAUCAACAUUAUAAAAACGUUACAAAAUGAGAGGAUCAAUCUUAAUUACCAUCCUAACAAUAUUUCAGAUGUGCAUUUUAACAUUGCGGGGAAAAUGGAAAUAAAUGAAUCUUCCUUGGAUAAAAAUGAAGGGAAUGAUGUGUUUUCAAAUUUGUUCAAUAAAAAUACUGAGGACAAAAAGAAUGUUAGAAAUUUUGAUAUUGAUAAUAUUAUGGCAGGAGAAAUUAAAUCAAAGGACAAAGAUGAUAUAAUCAAAAGUGAUUUUAAUUUUAUGAUUACAGAAUCUGGAAAUAAUUCAGUAUGUGGAAUAUUUGGCAAUAACUUUAAUCAAGAAUCACCAUCAGAAGAAAAUAGAUUCAACUUCCAAUUCUAG